AUGAUCACAAAUCGUCCGGCUACCCUUUCUGAUAUCCCCCAAGUUCGGGAUAUCAACCACUGGUACAUUGUUAACAGCUGUUCCACUUUUGCCACUACCCCACCACCGAUAUCCCACUAUGAGGACAUUCUUCGUGAUUUGAUGAGAAGAAACCUACCAUUUUAUGUGAUUGUGUCUGACACGCGGAAGACACCAGACGGAGCAGAUUUAAUUCUUGGCUACGCUUACUUGUCUCCCUUCCGUGGUCAUUUGUUGUCCUAUGCACCGACCGUUGAGCUGUCUAUCUUCAUGCGCUAUGAUCAGCAGCAAUAUGGCUAUGGAACCAUUAUUCUUAGAAAGCUCUUGCGUCUGGUGCAGGAGGGUGAAGUUGAGCACCGCUGCGAGGAAAGAGUGGGCGAUAUCCCACGGAUCGGAUUUGGUAGCUCCAUGGGUGUCAUGAAGACCUCUCUCGUUCAGAAUGUCAUUGCGAUCAUACCCUAUGACACUGAAGAUCCAGCUGAUGGAGAGAGAUUGAGGAAAUGGUACAUGAAAUGGGGAUUUGUCGAGAAAGGGCAACUGGAGAAUGUUGGGAGAAAGAUGGGUCAUUGGAUCGAUACUGUGUAUCUUCAAUGGACAAUUCCAGAGGAAACGGCAUAA